AUGGACUUCGUCAAGAGCUUCACCGGCGGCAGCAAGGAGGGUCAGCAGGCAGCCGGCACCACCGCACCUGUCGAGCAGAAGCAGGGUGGCGGCGGCUUCCUCGGUGGCCUCGGCGACAAGUUCAACAGCGCUGCUGGCGGCGGCCGCGAGAGCGAGAAGAACGAGGAUUUCUUGGACAAGGGCAUCGACAUGGUCCAGGAGAAGUUCAUGGGCGCAGGCGCGCAGGACAACGAGUCCGCCUACGAGCAGGCCAAGGACGAGCAGAUCUCUGACUUCAUCCGCGGCAAGUACAAGAGCACCAUGGGUAGCGAUAUGCCCAUCAAGGACAAGGAGACACGGUUCGGUUAA